GAGCGCUGCUGCCGCCGCCGCCCGCCGGGCCCGUGUCCCUCAGCAGGAGGCGGCGAGGCUCUGGGCGGCGCGGCAGGUCCCGGGGCGGAGCGGGGAGAGUUCGGCGUGAGGGACGCGGUGCCGCUUCUUUGUAACUUGUUCUCAGUUCGUGGUCCGGCAGCGCUCCACCCCGCAGCCGGUGCCGAGGUCGGGCUGCUCGGGGAGAGAAGCCGCAGCCCGUGAGCGCUCAGGCCGGCGCCAGGCACGGGCUGUGCCGGGGCUCCCUUCUCGCACCGCCACGGUUCAUGCAGCUCCCUGCACAGCUUCCGUCUCUCCUCCAGGUUCCCUGGGCUUUUUUCCUACAAUUGUGUGGCGUCUUGGCUCUGUGGGACAAGUACAGGAUUCGGUCUCGAACAGAUCACAAGACAGAUGGGCCUGAGUUAAUUUAAAUGUGCUGGGCACUUUUCUGUCCAAGCCUGUAGGUACCGUGGAAGGAAGGCUGGUGUAGGUAUGGGUCAGAUAUAACUUGUUAAAAGUGAUGAUAGCUUAGUAAGGGCACGAAUGGAUUGGAUGAGCUGGGCAGGAGAAGGCAGUCGUCAUGGUGUGAACAAAGACUGCGAAGUGGGAGGAGAGCAUGCAGAUUCACAUGGCCGUGUGAUAUGGCUGCAAGGUCUCUGCAGAGUCAUCUGUGGUGAAAAGGGAGACAGAACUCAGAUGAAAUCAAAAGAACAAUAAAGUUUGGAGGAGAAAAAAGAAGCUGCAAUUGGUUUCCUGGUCUGCAGUUUGACAGGGCAUUAAGAUGUCCGUGGACAUGAACAGCCAGGGCUCUGACAGCAAUGAAGAGGAUUAUGACCCUAAUUGCGAGGAGGAGGAAGAGGAUGAGGAUCCUGGGGAUAUUGAGGAUUAUUAUGAUGGGGUAGCUAACGACGUGGAGCAGCAGGGAGCAGAUGCCUUUGAUCCAGAGGAAUAUCAGUUCACCUGCCUGACUUACAAGGAGUCGGAGAGCACUUUGAAUGAACACAUGGCCAGCUUGGCUGCCACAUUAAAGGUAUCACAUGCUGUUGCAAAGCUAGUAUUAGUUAGUUUCCACUGGCAAAUCUCAGAGAUUUUGGAAAGGCACAAAUCUAAUGCUGCCCAAUUGCUAGUAGAAGCACGAGUUCAGCCCACCUCAUCCAAACAUGCAAUGGUACAUUCCUCCCAUCACUGCGCAGUGUGCAUGCAGUUUGUCCGGAAGGAGAACUUGCUCUCUCUGGCUUGUCAGCACCAGUUCUGUCGCAGCUGCUGGGAGCAGCAUUGUACAGUGCUCGUCAAGGAUGGUGUUGGAGUCGGCGUCUCCUGCAUGGCUCAGGACUGCCUACUUCGGACACCAGAAGACUUUGUGUUUCCAUUGCUGCCUAGUGAAGAGUUGAAAGACAAAUACAGGCGCUACCUCUUCAGGGACUAUGUGGAGAGCCAUUAUCAGCUGCAGCUGUGCCCUGGUGCAGAUUGCCCUAUGGUCAUACAGGUACAAGAGCCAAAAGCCCGGCGAGUGCAGUGCAAUCGUUGCAAUGAGGUCUUCUGCUUCAAGUGUCGGCAGAUGUACCACGCGCCCACAGACUGUGCCACCAUCCGGAAAUGGCUCACCAAGUGUGCGGAUGACUCCGAAACAGCCAACUACAUCAGUGCUCACACUAAAGACUGUCCCAAGUGCAAUAUUUGUAUUGAAAAGAACGGAGGCUGCAAUCACAUGCAAUGCUCCAAAUGCAAGCAUGACUUCUGCUGGAUGUGUCUGGGAGACUGGAAGACUCACGGCAGCGAGUACUACGAAUGCAGUCGGUACAAAGAGAAUCCUGAUAUUGUAAACCAGAGUCAGCAAGCACAGGCCAGGGAGGCCCUUAAGAAGUACUUGUUCUAUUUUGAGAGGUGGGAGAAUCACAAUAAAAGCCUACAGCUGGAGGCACAGACGUACCAACGAAUCCAGGAGAAAAUCCAAGAAAGAGUUAUGAACAACUUGGGAACAUGGAUAGACUGGCAAUACCUACAAAAUGCUGCAAAACUACUUGCAAAGUGUCGUUACACCCUGCAGUACACAUACCCAUAUGCCUACUACAUGGAGUCUGGUCCCAGAAAGAAACUGUUUGAAUACCAGCAGGCCCAGCUGGAAGCUGAAAUUGAAAACCUGUCGUGGAAGGUGGAGCGAGCAGACAGCUAUGAUAGAGGGGACUUAGAGAAUCAGAUGCACAUAGCAGAGCAGAGACGGAGGACCCUGCUGAAAGACUUCCAUGACACAUAAGACAGGAGGGAUGACAGUGCAGGGGUGAGAGCAGCGAGUGAAGUGAUGGCAGCUUCACCGGGAUAAGCAGGCACUGCCUCUGGGAGAACAUGGCCAAGGACAAAGCCACCCCUCCCCUUGCAAGUCAGACACAUGCAAACACCACAUCUUAGUCCAGUUUGUUCUCUUAUCUUUCUGUUUCUGUUUCUACCAGGCUAGAGGCCAGAUUUCAGAUUGGCAUAUUUCCUGGGACGUUUCCCUCCUGCCCUCGAUGGUUUCAGAAGGGGAGGGAGUUUUUCUCUGAAUGGCUGUUAAUAGUAUUAGAUCAUGACAAUUUAUGUAAUUUUCAACGGUUGUACAAUUAUACAGAGAAACCUUAGAAUAACACACAACCCUUUUUAAAAAUAAAUUGGCAGUGGAGUGUUUUUCCUUAAUCUGCUUGUAAAUUUAAUGGGCUUUUCCCCCUCUCCCUCUUCCUUCCUCUGACCCAGAAAUCCUCCUAGGCACUGAAGGAGGUUACCAAAUAUUUCGGCUAGAUUCCCCGAUGCUCCUUUAACCAGAGCAUUUGUGGCAUUGGCAUUGCACGGGGAGAGUGGCUGGUGGUAAGAGUGGCUGCUGCUGUGCCUGACCCAACAGUACUAGCAGUGGCCACGAUUUAGUAUGAUUACCUGUGGCAUCUCUUUUCUUGUAAAUCAGCUGUGCAAAAUCCUGCUACGCAAACAAAAGUAAACAGAGGAAUUGUAGGGGAGAGAUCAGGUUAACACCAGGGGAUAUGCCUUGAGUCAGGUGAGAUUUUGCAUUUCAUGAAUUUUAGGUCUUCCAUGUAGAUUUUUGCUUUAUUUGUUUUUGUGGGGAGGAUGUUGUAUUGCCAAAGUGAAUGAUGAGGGAAUAGUAGCAUACAGUUGUUAAUCGAGGCUUGGGGCUUUUGCAGAGUGAAACAAUCCAUGUUAUAACAGUGCCAUGCAGCCUGGUAAAGAUUAUUUGUGCCUGCUGGGUAACAUGGCUGAGAAACGCAUUCAUCAAUGUGAAACUAAACACGGCUACAUUAUGAGGAGGAGAGAUUACGUGCGACACACUCCCUGGCACAUGUUGGCAAUGUGGACAGGCACUUGAGUACAGGUGCACUGCUUGUGCAGAGCCUGCACCAAGCCAGGCAGAAAAUUAACUAGCAAAAUUAAUUUAUUUGUAUAUUAGUAUUGAUACUGGUGGGAACUUAUCAGAAAAUUGAUUGUUAGGAGCAUGUGGAGCUUUUUUAUUAACAUUCUUUUUUCUAAUGUAAAAUGUACACUAAAAUAAAAAUAUGAAAACCUAGUUCAUCUUAGUAGGGGUUAACAUGAAAAAGGUUACUGGUAUGCUGAUGCUUGCCUGUUUGCUACAGGAAGCAAGCCACACGUUAAGAUUUCACAGGCAUGUAUGUCACCUGCACCAGGAACACGUUUGCAGCCAGUCAGGUAGAGCUGGAGUCUGAUCUGAGGCAGUCUUCACCUCUGCAGGGAACUGAUGGAAUUCUCUUCUGUGCUGUAUGUGGAAAUGUUGCCUUUGAUGCAUCCCUGUAUUGCUCUUAUACAAUGACACUUGAAGAUUAAAAUGGAGGGGGGAAAAGUGCUCAAUUCCUACAUGUCAGAGUAAGCUAACUGCUGCUGGAGCCUUUGUCCUCUACCUGACACGUGACCCAGGUAUUUGCAGCGUGUGAAAUUGGGCAGAUGGAUUUUAACAAAAGAUGCAUCAGUUUAAAAGAGGAGGAGUAGCUGUCAUAGGAGCUAAUCCUGUGACCAUGCUUCUUGUACACAGCAGCAAAUUUCAAACUGAGAGGCCUUUUCCGUCCUCCUUCCUUUCCCUGGUUGUGGGAUGUAUCCUCAGGGAAGGGCAGAACACAUUGCUGAGGAGCUGCGGGCAGCGGAGUGGGAGUUACAAACAGAGGCAGCCGAGGGUAGAGCAGGGUUGUGGAGAGGUGGCUGGAGCCAGGGAGCAGGGCUGGAGCAGGGAGGGAGUGUGUGGUUUCUGGGAGCAGUGCUGCUUGCUGCACAAGACACAUCUGUAACUGUGGCUCCUUGUGUUCCUGCUCUGCCCUGUCCUUGAUCCCCUCUAGGCUGGAGCCACAGAUAAGUCCUUGCUCCAGCUGCUAUCUCCUGACUUCAUUCUCUCCUCUGCCCCGAGCAGCAGCCUCUGUGCUCUUAUCAUGAUAUAUUCUAGAGGUCAGUCUCUUCCUUCCUCCCGAAGUGAUUAUCAAAGUCUGGGCAUGCUGAACCCAGGGGAAGGGAAGGCCCACGGGCAGGGACCCAGCACUUUGCAGGGCAUGGAGCCAAUGCUUUAACUGUUAUUUAAAAAUGUAAUGUGCAGAGUACUAAUUGGGAUAUAAACCGGUGUCCUUGUCUAAAUGUAACUAUCAUAACACCUAAUCUCUUUUCAGAAUCAGUAUGAGGAGUUUCCUAAUCCCAAAGAGGUCUCACUUCUGUUACAUAGUUGUCCAGCUUUGAGCUAGAUGAGAAUGGCAUUUUGUCUUUCUCCCUCCCCGCCUCCUCCCUCCCUCUCCCAUGCCCCCACACAAUGCUUUGUUAUGAAUCUUUGUUUGUAGACAAGCUAGACCAUAUAGCUGUAGCCAAAAUCACUGAACAGACUGCUGAGGUGCUUGGUUGAGGAACAGUAAUAAAUGUGUCUCAGUACACCCCCUAAUUCUUUCAAAUGUUCUGAAACUAGAGCUUUGUUAGGAGUUCUGUUUAUUUUAAAAGAAACCAGCAUACCCUUGCUGAAGGUGGUGAAAGCCCUGGUUUGCACACAUAGAUCCUAUUUCUGUACUCUGGGGAAACAGCAGGACUGACUUGCUUUUGCAGCCCAGGCAGUGAGUUCUGUGUUGCUGUCAUACAGAAAAGUCGUAGACUCCAAGAUGAAACCUUCAGAGUACCCAGACUUUGGCACUUUGUGUAAAGCGACUGAUGCUGCUUGGGAGGCAGGUGCCGGGGAGGAAACAGGAGCUCUCAACACCAAAAGACAAGGCCAGGUUUUUUCCCCUCUAAUAGAUACACGGCCCUAUUUGAGCCAGCAAGGUUACAUGAGUGUAAGUGACUAGAAAGCGUCUCAGGAGCCCCGUUAACUCUGAGGCACAACUUUCCCUUUGGUGCGUUACUGCUACAGAUGUGGAAUGUUUGCUCUCUUUUUUUUCUUCUUCCAGCACUCAUUUCCUUUCCUGUGCCAGCCUGACACCUCUCCAGCCCUGCAUCCAACACUCUUUUUAUUUCAGCUUCGCUCCCGUUAGUGCGUUGGCCGCCUCAUCUCUGAUAGUCCUCAGGCUUCCUAGACUGUAACAACAAACCAUUUUCUACUGAUGACACAAACUGCAUGACUGCUGCGCUGUGCCCGCGCAGGGCCGGGGCAGCAGCAGGUUUCUGUACUAUAUUGCACUCUUCAAUUUUAGACUUUUUAAGCAGGAGAAAAAACAAAUAGAACUUUAUUUUUAAA